AGGAGGAGGAAGAAGUACCGUUUCUUCUUCUCCUUCUUCUACUUCUGUGAGGGUUUGGAGCUAUGAUUUCUGUCCACUGCGGGACACUCCUCUGGGGACUCACGUCGAGUUUCGUGGCUUGCCCAGUCUGCAACGUGGGACCAGGACCAGGACGAGGGAGGGAGAGGCUAGUGAUCGUGCGUUUGUGUGGGUGCGUGCUUGGUGUCGGACAUCGUCGCCGACUAUCUGCCGUUUUGCUACCGCCUUGCACACCCUACACGGGGGAGUGAGUGAGGAGGAACUAGAGCCUGAUUGUGGUGCGCGUUUGUCUGCCCACGGAGGAUCUCGCGCUCCUUGGAUUUGUUUUUUUUAUUUCAGAAUGGUUUACUAGUGCUGGGGAUUGGAGUUUGCUGGUGUUGGAUUUGAGCUCCUGAAGGAUCUGGAUUUUUCGUCACCUCAAUGUCAUUUAUGCGGAAACUAUCGACGGGUCCAAUUUUAAUCGCCAAUAUCUUCUUGGGUGUGCUCUUUUUCUUACUGCUACUCAAUCCAGGCGGAGUAGAAUGUGGAAAUAAAUAUUUAGCAAUAGACAUUUGACGUUCAUGCCAAUGUGAUUAUGGAGAACAACGUUCAGAAUCCUGAAAUGGAAUCGGGUCCGGAUCACCAUGAUUCUGAAGUGACCCCGGUCAAUGGUUUUGGGAUAAGUGAAAAGCCGUCUUCAAUACCACAAGAUCCGGUUUUAGAAGAAUCAUCUUUGAUCUCAGAAAAGCCUCCUCCGUUUUCUGAAGAAUCGAUUCCAGAAAAGUCGGUUUUAGAAGAAUCAUCUUUGAUCACAGAGAAGCCUCCUCCUUUUUCUGAAGAAUCGAUUCCAGACGAGCCGGUGUCAGAAGAGUCAUCUUUUACCUCAGAAAAGCAACCUUCGUUUUCUGAAGAUUCGAUUCUAGAAGAGCCACCUGCGAUGUCAGAGGUGCCGACUAUAGUUCUAGGAAAGCCGGUUUUAGAAGAGCCACUUUUGACCUCAAAAAAGCCGCCCUCAUUUCCUAAAGAAUCGAUUCCAGAAGAACCUCCUGCGAUAUCAGAGGUGCCGACUACGACUCCAGAGAAACCACCUAUGAGUUCAGUAAAGCAGACUGCGGUUUCAGAUGGGCCUACCAUGGCGGAGAUGGCAUUUAAUCAGUCCGAUGAGCUUAGUGGAGGCUUAGUAUCUUUCAGGUCACUAGAUUUGGGUCCGACUGAGCCAGAAGUGGCAGUUGCCAUCAGGCCGGCGCACUCUGUUGACAGCUCACAGUUUUCCUUAGCAUCGGAACGCGCUUUACAUUUGCAGAAGGAAAUAAAAACUAUGCCCAAGCUCUCUCCCGAGCUUUUGAAUCUCAUCGAUUCUGUGAUCCAGGGUACUGAUAGAACCACUUUAGCCAAACUGAAAAGGGUGGUUGGAGGAGAGGAGGUUUUCGGUACAAGAGAUGCUGGUGAUGGUGAAAACCCGGCAAAGUAUGUAGUGGAAGCAUUAAUCGCAAAGAUGGGGGGUAUGGAUGACUUGGAUAAUGUGGAUGACGAAUCUGCACCUGGGAUGAUGCUCAGUACGGGGGCAGCAAUAGUGGCUGGGGAAAUUCUUCCGUGGCUUCCAUGUGAGGGCGACAGUGGGACUAGCAUGCCGCCUAGAACAAUGAUGGCUAAAGCGUUGGCAUUGGUUUUACAAGCCUGCACCAGAAACCGAGCUAUGUGUUCCGCAGCUGGACUUUUGCGAAUUCUCCUUGUGGCAUACCAGCGAAUUGUUCUGGGAACAGUCGGACGACAGAAAGGUGCAGAUAGCUGGGACACAGGGUUCCUUUUAGAUGCGAUUGAAGCUCUUGGGUCCCACUGCCUCUCUGUGAAACAUCUUCGAGAAUGGCUCAAUGCUGUUGCUAAAAUAUCUGUAACUGGAAAGUCUUUGGAUCUCUUGCACACUCUUGAGAGAGCAAUGUCUGCAGAAGAAACCCGUGGACCUACUCAUAGCUUUGAGUUUGAUGGUGAAAGCUCUGGAUUACUUGGUCCUGGGGAGAGUAAAUGGCCAUUUUUGAAUGGUUAUGCAUUUGCAACAUGGCUGUACAUUGAGUCUUUCGCGGAUACAGUGAAUACAGCCGCCGCCGCCGCUGCUAUUGCAUCAGCCGCAGCUGCGAAGACUGGUAAAUCUUCUGCUAUGUCAGCUGCUGCCGCGGCCAGCGCUCUUGCUGGGGAAGGAACAGCUCACAUGCCCAGGCUCUUCAGUUUCCUUUCUGUAGACAAUCUGGGAGUUGAAGCAUAUUUUCAUGGUCAGUUUUUAGUAGUAGAGAGUGUCAAUGGAAAAGGUAGGAAAGCUUCGCUACAUUUUACACAUGCCUUCAAGCGUAAACGUUGGUAUUUUGUGGGUUUAGAGCAUACACACAAGCAUAGUCUACUUGGUAAAGCAGAGGAUGAGAUGAGAUUAUAUAUUGAUGGGCGUCUGUAUGAAUCUCGCCCUCUGGUGUUCCCGCGCCUCUCUAGGGGUCUUAGUUUCUGCUGCAUUGGCACCAAUCCACCCCCUGUCAUGGCUGGAUUGCAGAGACGUCGUCGACAGUGUCCAUUGUUUGCAGAGAUGGGACCAAUCUAUAUCUUUAAAGAGCCACUUGGGCAGGAGAGGAUGUUACAGUUGGCUUCAAGAGGAGGUGACGCCCUGUCUUCAUUCGGAGCAGGGUCUGGAUCUCCUUGGCUUGCAAACAACGAACAAGCAGCUACCGCUGCUGAGGAGAGUGCAGCUCUAGAUUUGGAGCUGGGUCCAAGGCUUCACCUUCUUUAUCAUCCAAAGUUAUUGAACGGCCGAUCUUGCCCGGAUGCAUCUCCCACGGGAGCAUCAGGUGCCCAUAGGAAACCUGCAGAAGUCUUGGGACAUGUCCAUGUUGCUGCAAGGAUUAGGCCCUCAGAGGCUAUCUGGGCUGUGGGAGAGGGAGGGCCAUUGGCCUUACUACCGUUGGCUGUAGGAGCAGUCGACAAGGAUUCUAUUCAACCUGUUAUUAAGGGAGAAGUGUCAUCUUCAACUGCAUUGCUGGCAGCCCCAAUUUUCAGGAUGUUAUCUUUGGCACUUAAGCACCCUGGAAAUGCAGAAGAAUUUGUAAGGAACCAUGCACCUCGGUUGUUGGCGAACCUAUUGGGUUACCUUGUCCGUGUACCUGUUGUUGUAGGCCUGGAGAAGAAAAUUAAUGAGCAAGCAAAGACAGAGGAAAGAGAUGAAGAACUCGUGGCAGCUGUUGUUUCUCUUGCCCAAGCGCCUCAAAGUCACGUCACUCUCAAGGUCCAGUUGUUCAGUAGUCUGCUACUUGACCUCAAAUUAUGGAGUUCAUGUUCUUAUGGAUUACAGAAGAAACUUCUAUCUACACUUGCUGACAUGGUCUACACCGAAGCCGCCACGAUGAGGGGUGCAAAUGCUGUUCAGGUGCUAUUGGACUGUUGCCGCCGUUGCUACUGGUUGAAUCCAGAACCUAACUCUAUAUUUACAUUUGCUGAUGAUAAAUCAUCUCGGCACGGCGGAGAGCUGAAUGCCUUGGUGGAUGAGCUGCUGGUGGUAGUGGAGCUGUUAGUUGGAUCCACCCACGGCCCGGCAUUAAGUGGUGAUGUGUGCUCCCUGGUUCAGUUUGUACUUGACUGCCCUCAACCUAAUCAGGUUUCGCGAGUUUUGCAUCUUAUUUAUAGACUGGUGGUUCAACCCAACACCACGAAAGCAGCUACUUUUGCUGAGAGUUUCCUUGCGAAUGGGGGUGUUGAAAUGCUUGUUAGUCUAUUACGAAGAGAAGCAGAGUCGGACGAUGGUCUAAGUAACACGUCCACCAAAGCUACGGACCUAGGACUAGAGGAUCUCAUCAAUAAUGUCGGUGAUCAAAUCACAAGUGAGCAGGACGAUGGUGAAGUUUCAAGUGAUGUUAAGGUGGACAGUGAGGGAAGUAGAUUGACCGAAGAGACAGAGGAAACUGGGAAACUUGUUAGCUCAGGGUUUUCUGGAGUCUCCGACGGAUCCAGGGGUGUUAACGAGGAUGAUCUUCAGUUGCCUCUUCCGACGAAGACGGUUGUGUCUGUUGCACGAUCACGCUCAGCCGCGCAUAAGGCACCCGCUGCCGGAACAUUGGGUGGCAUUAGCUCAUCAAUAAGUGCUGACAGUGUACGCAAUAAAUUUCGAAAUGUAGAUCACUCUGAUGGAAUCAUCGUUGGUAUUGUAACCUUGCUUGGUGCUCUGGUUUCUGGAGGUCACUUAAAAGUUAUGAGCUUUGGAAUGGCAGUUUCUCAGCCACCCACUUCGUCCGCUGGUUCUGGGGUAAGCUCCUCCGGAGAAAGUACAACUGGAGUAGCAGCAACUGCUGUCGUAUGGCUUCUGUUUGCCUUGGAAAAGGCUUUUCAAUCUGCUCCAAGAAAGCUUAUGACUGUCAAUGUUUAUACUGCACUAUUGCCUGCCUUUGUGAGGUCUGAGAAUGGACCAUUGCUAGCAGACGACCGACUUGCCCUUUAUGACGUUGGACAUCGAUUUGAGAAUAUCCCCUUACUUGUUGUACUUUUGCGUACACUUCCUUAUGCUCCUAUUCAACUGCAGCUUCGAGUUCUUCAGGACGUGCUGUUGUUAGCAUGUACUCAUCCUGAAAACAGAACAUUGCUGACAGCAAUGCCUGAAUGGCCAGAGUGGCUUCUUGAGAUUCUGAUAUCAAAUUAUGAGGCGAGAAAUAACGAUUCCAGCGAAGGAAACGACAAAUCCGAGGAGAUUGAGGAUCUUGUUUAUAGUUUCUUGACUAUCAUGUUGGAGCACUCCAUGCGUCUGAAGGAUGGUUGGAAGGAUGUGGAAGCAACUAUCCACUGUGCAGAGUGGCUGGCAUUGAGUGGAGGAUUAAGUACAGGGGAAAAGCGCCUAAAAAGGGAAGUGUGUAUUCCAGUUAUAAAGCGCAAAAUCUUCUGCAGCUUGCUGUCUUUUGCUUCUAGCGAGUUACAACUGCAGACCCAAGUUGUGGCGGCCGCCGCUGCCGGUGUGGCGGCAGAAGGUUUGUCUCCUCGGACAGCUAAGGCUGAAGCUGAGGCUGUUGCUUCUCUAUCUAUGUCUCUGUCUGAGAAUGCACUUGUCCUUUUGAUGUUGGUCGAGGAUCACUUGCGCCUGGAAACACAGGCCUAUCAAAUGACUCUUUUGACCAAGUCUGGAGCUCCUGGGUGGUCUACUUCUUCUACAUUUUCCCAGGGUCUCGAUGGUAGUUUGGAGUGUCUUGGAUCACGGAGAUUUGCUCUCAGUGGUUUUGAUGCACUUGGACCUUCUCUAGAGAAGUCUCUAUCUCAAAAACCAUCCGACUCUGAAACAGGCAGCUUGUCCCUUGAGAUUUUGGCCACAUUGGCUGAUGAAAACGGGCAGAUUUCUGCCACAGCUAUGGAACGCCUGACUGCAUCUGCAGCAGCUGAGCCCUAUGAAUCCGUUCGGUGUGCAUUUGCAUGUUAUGGUAGUUAUGGCCUUGAAUUAGCCCAGAGUUGGAAGUGCCGAAGCCGCAUGUGGUACGGUGUUGGUCUUCCUCCAAAAGAAAGUCUUCUGGGUGGAGGUGGAGGUGGCUUUAAGGCUUGGUCUUCUGCAUUUCAUAAAGAUGCCGAUGGGCAAUGGAUUGAACUUCCACUGGUGAAGAAAGCCGUUACUAUGUUGAAAGCUCUGUUGCUUGAUCAAUACGGUCCUGGAGCUGGCGGUGGAGGUGUUUUCAUAUCUGGUACUGCAGGUUCUGGCUCUGGGUGUUUGCAGCUUCAGCAACUAUUGGACAGCGACCAGCCUUUUUUCGCCAUGCUUCGGAUCACGCUACUGGCAUUGAGAGAGGAGGACCUAGGGGAACCUAUCUUUGAAGGUGUUUCAGCGGAAAACGAUAACAGAAUUGAAACUGUGCCUCCUAGUGCGCAUCGGAGGUCUACAACUUCAAGUGGACAGUGGAGUUUCGGAUCCGACUAUUUCCAGGAGUUAUCCGCGUCAAAGGCGAAAGGUUCACUACUGUGGUGUGUGCUCGCACCACUACUAACAAUGCAACUUUCCGAGUCAAGGAGGCAACGAGUUUUGGUUGCUUGCUGCAUCUUGUACUCUGAGGUGUGGCAUUCAGUGAGUGAGGACAGAGAUGUGCUACGCCAGCGAUACAUGGAGACUGUUAUACCUCCUUUUGCUGCUUUGUUGAGACGCUGGCGACCUUUGUUAUCAGGCAUUCAUGAACUGACGGAUUCACAGGGUCAAAGUCCACUUGCUGUGGAAGAUCGUCCUCUUGCCACUGAUGUGCAUCCACUGGAGGCAGCUCUGGCCAUGAUCUCACCAGCUUGGGCUGCUGCAUUUGCUUCUCCACCUGCGUCAAUGGCGCUGGCAAUGGCAGCUGCUGGGGUGGGUGGUAGUGAAGGGUCCCACAGAAAACGUGACUCAGAGUCAGAUCGUCGAUCUCCAAGGUUAUUGAGCUUUCCAACAUUUAAUAAAGCUCCAGAACAUGUUGAAGCGCCCCAGACUCCAGCGGAUAAAGCAGCAAGUAAAGCUGCUGCCCUUGCGGCUGCAAGGGAUCAGGAACGUGCUGCUAGAGUUGGCUCAGGUCGUGGUUUAGGUGCUGUCGCCAUGGCAACAGCUGGGCAACGUAGAAGCCUUACUGAUAAAGAGAGAGCUAAACGCUGGAACAUAUGGGAGACAAUGGGCAACAUGUGGUUGGACUGCGGCGGCUUGGGUGAUUCGACUGCAAAGGGUGCAACCAGUCAUCCCCAUCGGAUGUUUGGAAUGAUUUCAAAUAUGUUGGAAAAGGCUCAAAAAAUGCAAUCAGCGGAGGUGGAUAGACGUGGAAUGAUAGCUGCUACAGAGGAAUUUGGAUCAACAAUGGGCGUUCGUGCCUGGAGAUCUCUUUUACGCCGGCUGCAGGAGAUGGAAUCUCACUUUGGAACAUUUUCUUAUCCGAUGGGACCGGUUCCACGUAUCUUUUGGAAAUUAGACUCUAUGGAAAACUCUCUUCGCAUGCGGCGGCGCUUGAAACAAAGCUACAAAGGCACAGAUCAUCAUGGAGCAGCAGCUGAUUACAAGGAACCUGAGAAGUCAACCAUCUCUCAAUCUUUAGGAAGCACUCCAUUACCUGAAGGAGCUCCCAAACUUGCACCGGAAGAGGAUGCGCUUGAAGAAUCUAAUGAAGAUGACUUGAAAGAGAAGACUCAAGAGCGGGAAGAGGGAACCGAGGAGAUGGACAAGGACGCUUCCCCUGAGACUGUGGUUGAAGAAUCAAGGUCGAGCGUGUCAGUCCCUUCACAAGCCUCUAAUGCUACUACUGUUGCAGCAGUUGCAGCAGCCAUGUCCACAGAACUCAAGGAAAAGUUGAUUCUCGAGAUUCCUGCUGCGAUGAUUCUUCCUUUGAACGUCUGGAGAGGAAGAUUUCAGGUGACAACUAAGAGGGUCUGCUUCAUGAUCGAUGAUCGAGUCUACAUCAACGAAUCUGGAAUUGCGAGCAUGCUUGAGAAGGAGGAUGAUUGGGAAAUGGUAGAUGGGGUAGAAAAUGAAAACUUCAAUGACAGGGGUCAACAGCGUAAAGCUGGUGCUAAAGAUAGGUUGUGGCCACUUUCGAGUUUACGAGAAGUGCAUAGCCGCAGGUUCUCAUUAAGAAGAAGUGCGUUAGAGCUCUUCAUGGUGGACAGAUCAAACUUCUUCUUCAAUUUUGGGACUGUGGAUGCUAGACAAAGAGUCUACAAGGCAAUUGUGCAAGCAAAGCCCCCUUAUUUCAACACAGUAUAUGCAGGGACACAGAGACCAGAGCAGCUCUUGAAGAGGACUCGACUGACAGAGCGUUGGGCUCGUCGGGAGAUCACGAAUUUCUCGUACUUGAUGCAGCUCAAUACGCUAGCGGGCAGAACUUAUAAUGACAUGACACAGUAUCCAGUGUUUCCGUGGGUUCUUGCCGAUUACACUUCAGAGGAACUGAAAUUGAACGACCCAAAUGUAUAUAGAGACCUAUCAAAGCCUAUUGGUGCCUUGAAUCCCACUCGAUUAGAAAAGUUUCUGGAACGAUAUGACAACUUUGACGACCCUGUCAUUCCUAAGUUUCACUAUGGCUCUCAUUACUCAAGUGCUGGCACGGUACUCUAUUAUCUUGUACGCGUUGAGCCUUAUUCAUCAUUAGCUAUUCAAUUGCAAGGAGGGAAAUUUGAUCAUGCAGAUCGUAUGUUUUCUGAUAUUGGCUCGACUUGGAAUGGUGUCUUGGAGGAUAUGAGUGAUGUCAAAGAACUGGUUCCUGAGCUAUUCUACUUGCCAGAAGCUCUAAAAAAUGGGAACCGCAUAGAUUUGGGACGAACUCAGAAGGGUGACAAGCUCGAGGACGUAAAGCUUCCACCGUGGGCCUCAAGCCCAGAGGACUUUAUAUAUAAGCAUCGCUCUGCACUAGAGAGUGAAUAUGUAUCAGAACAUCUGAAUGAGUGGAUCGACCUUAUUUUUGGGUAUAAGCAGAGGGGUCCAGCUGCUAUAUCUGCAAAGAACGUGUUCUUCUACAUGACCUACGAAGGUUCAGUGGAUAUUGAUAAAAUUACAGAUCCGGUGCUACGGAAGGCAACCCAGGAUCAGAUUACAUACUUUGGGCAAACACCGUCCCAACUGCUGACUGUGCCUCAUAUUAAGCGACUGCCUCUUGCUGAAGUCCUACAUUUGCAGACUAUUUUCCGGAACCCCAACACUACCAAAGCUUAUGCAGUUCCUAGUCCUGACCGACUAAAUCUACCUGCUAAAGAGCUACGGACCACACACGACUCAGUCGUGACUGUUGACAUGAAAGCUCCUGCCUGCCAUAUAGCCGUGCAGAAGUGGCAACCUAAUACACCAGAUGGUAGAGGCAUGCCAUUUUUGUUUCAGCAUGGUCGUUCAAAUAUUGGAUCAAGUAGUGGUUUGAUGCGAAUGUUUUCACGGCCAACUGAUGAUGAGGAGAAUCGUUUCCCAAGGGCAGUGGCUCUUUCUCCUGCGGGUGUAAAACUGGGUUCUAUUGUUGCAAUUACUCCAGACGGCCGUUUCUUACUAACAGGUGGACACGCAGACCAUUCUGUUAAGUUGGUGGCGACAGACACUGCUUACGCAGUUGAGAGUGCGUUAAGCCAUUGUGCUCCUGUUACAUGCUUAGCACUUUCUCCUGAUGGAAGUGUUCUAGUGACAGGGUCACGAGAUUCCACAGCUUUACUUUGGCGAUUUCAUGGAAGCUCUGCAACAUCCACUGGUGCCGGGCCCAUGGGUAUGUCAGAUCCUUCACUUGUAGCUGCAGCUGCAUCUGUAUCUGCUGCUGGAGGUACAUCAAAUCAUGAAGGAGAAGGAAAUACAAUUGCUGACUUGAGGAGACGGCGUUUGGAAGGACCACUGCAUGUGUUGAGAGGACAUGUAGAUGAACUAGUCUCAUGCUGCGUGAAUGCAGACCUUGAUUUGGUAGUUACAUCUUCUUUAACGAAAGGAGUACUUCUGCAUUCAAUUACCAGGGGAAGGUUUUUGCGACGUCUUGGUGUUGAUAGAGCCGAUCUUGUUGCAUUGUCACCAGAAGGUAUUAUAGUUGUUUUUGAUAAAGCUACUAGAGUACUUCAGAGCUUCACAAUUAAUGGUGUAUUAGUGACAGCCAAGCUGUUGCCUUCUUGGGAAGGUAACAUUUCUUCUAUUGUUAUCUCGAAAGACGGGCUACAUGCUGUAGUAGGCACAAGCUGCUUACUACCCGAUGGCAGCAGGCCGCCUCCUCGCAAAACCACCGUAGACUCUGACGCGGAACGCUACGGCGGUCAGCACUCCCCUCAGUGGUCCAUAGUUGGUUCAUGUCCUUCUUGUGGGGGGAAGUCCAAAAUGCACUCCGCUAAUUGUAAGAUUUCAAGAGGGAAUCAACCCCCGCUUCCCCAGGGUACCCAGCAUCCAGGCUCUGAUGUUCUCCCUCGGAGUCCCUCGGGAUAUCCGCGAUCUGAUGCAUCCAUUGUUAUGCGAAGAUCUGAAUCAGGUUUGAUAAGAUACACUUCAAGCAACAUGCGCCGGUUCAAGGAGUCAGGUGGGUUGGGAAGUGGAGAUGCAGGGGGCUCAACAGAAUUUCAACAGAAACUGCAUGUUGAACCUCAACCAGCUGUCAUUCUUCUGGAACUUCACACGCUAGAGGUCAUUCAAAAGUUUAUGCUCAGGAGAGGACAAGAUAUUACAGCCAUGGCUCUGAACAGCGACAAUACCAACCUUUUAGUGUCUACUGCUGACAAACAGCUUCUUGUUUUCACAGACCCUUCAUUGAGCAUUAAGGUUGUGGACCAGAUGCUGCGCCUAGGCUGGGAGGGUGGAGGACUUGCAGGAUACAUUUGAAAUUUAUGAAGUCAUUCCUCCCUUUUGCUGUUUAGUGCUUUGUGUUAAUGAAACUUUAAUCACAUCCAAAAUGGUUCAUAGAUUUUUUCCAGUCCCAAUUAUGGAUUGAGCACUGUUUUCUCGUUGGAACUUAUCUCAGUUUUGCAGUACGGCAGAUUAGUAAAGAGUUGAUUGUUACUGAGUAUUUUAAUUUUUUUCUCUUCCGUCCCACAUAAAGGACUCAAACGACUACCGUUUGAGUUGUGUGGCCUGGUUUCUAUCGCUAGUCGAGUUGCAAUGGAUUUGUUUAUAGAUCCGCUCCUAUUGUACUCCCAAUUGCCACUAAAGCCACUGGGCAUUAUUUGUAUCUGUUCCUUGUUGACUGAAGAGAUGAAUUCAAUGUUACUGCGUAGCUUCUUUUUUUUAUU